AUGACCGCAGAACAGUAUUUGGUCAUAUCGUCCAUCUUAUUGUUGGUUGUCGAGGCAAGCUCGUCCCAUUCGUUCAAGACAUCAGCAACCUCGCCCUCAAGGUUAAACGUACGUACCGGUGGCAGCCUCCUCUUCCUCGACAAAGGCUCCAUCCAGAACACUGGCUCCGUUCUCUCCACUGACAUUUGGCAGCAUCAUGGUUGCAAACUCGGUUUCCUCGAUAUGUUUGGUGGAGAUUGGUCUGAACUGCGACCGGUUGGUCCACAAGGAAAUUCCCACACCGUUGACAUGGGUCGUUGCAAGGUAAUCACCCAAUGGAGACAUCUUCAAGCUGGUCACCGUGUUAGGGACCAUGAUUCCGUCAAUACAGCCACCGGUAGGCAGAUCCCACGUUCUGAUGGUGGAGUCGAGCGAAGCAGAGACAAUCCACCUGCCGUCUGGCGAGAAGUCCAUAGCAGUGAUACGGUUCGAGUGUCCAAACAGCUGUCUGACGAUUUUCUGGGCGGCAGUGUCCACAACAACGAUCGACAGGUCGUCCAAUGCAAAUGCAACCAAAUCGGAUCCUCUGUGGUACACCAUCUGGGUGAUUGGGGCGUCGAGCUGCAAUUUUCCAAGGUACCGCGACUGACUGAAAUCAUAGAAUCCGACUAG